CGCUCCCCCAAACCUGCCCCCUAUGUCUUCACUUACAGUAUGGCGGCGGUUCGGUUGUCCCGGUGACCGUAUUCUGGGGAGGAUAGGAUGCUGAAGAGCACGGGUUACUUCCGGAGUAUUGAGUGCCCAUUUGGGGAUCGUUGUCGGCGGCCUCAUUGUCAUUUUAAGCACAGGGGGAGGCCAAGCGGAAGCGAGAGUAGUGGAGGGGUCCGAAUUGGAGCUGAGUAUGACCCAUGCAAUCCUGAUCUCCCAUCUUUGGAUGAUGGAUUAUCAGGGGGCAUUCCUGAACCCAGCUUGGAUAUUCUGGAAUUGGAGAGAGUCAACAAAGCCAUUGAGGCAGUUAAAAGUGAGGUGGAAAGAGAGCAGCGCAAAUAUGAGAAACUGCUGGGAACGCAGAAGGACUAUAGUGCACCUUUGGUCAUUUCAACAAAAACUGUUAAAUUUUCUUCACUGGAAUAUGAUCCAGGUAGCUACAAGAAAAGCAGUAGCACAGGCUAUAACCCCACACCGCUUACGCAGUCAGGAAAAGUGUUAUGUAAAUAUACACUAGAUGAUUCUGAUGAGGGUGAAAAGAAGAAUCGGUUCAUGGAGUAUGUUCCCACCACUGUGACUCCAGUCCCUAAAUGCAAUGCCAAUAAAUAUGUCAUUGAUAACUCAAAGCCUCACACAGACAUGGAAUAUGACCCUAUGUCAAACUACUCAGCUAGGCUCUUAAGCAAGGCUAAAGAGCAGAGGGAGACUAAAAGAAACCGAAGACUUAGCCAAGAUGAUGGCUACACACCUACAGUUAAGAAAUUUUGCAGAGUAGCCUCUGAGACUCUAAUGGUUGCAAGGUUUUCUGAUUCAGAAGAAGAGACCGUGUCAGAGUAUUGUCCAAGUGCUUCUAAAUCUCCCUCCUUAUUCACAAAAGAGGAAGUUUCAUCCAUAGUGAGAGCCCCCAAGUUUGCAGAUAAAAAUACACAUUCACGGGAAGUAAAAGAAAUAGCUGUACAAUAUGAUAUGGAUGAUAUUGGAAAACCCUUUAGAAACCAUAGCAAAGACUCAAAGAAAAAGCACAUCAAAGCCGUGGAACUCAAGACAGCAAAGCAAAAGGAAUCAUUAAAAGACAAGUGUAAACAUACAGAUCAUAAAAAGAGUAACUUGAACAAGGAAGAGAUCAAGAAGUCCAAGACAAACAAUAAGACAAAAUCUGACAAAGUAGAAGAUAAAUUGAGGGUUCAUAAAGAAGGUGUUAACAAAAAGGCAAACAUUGAAAGUGGUAGGCCUGAUAAGAACAAAGUGGAAAAGAAACAUUCAGAAAAGAAGAUGGAUCCCGUUAAAAAUGUAGAGCAAAAGAAAAACGAUAAUUUAGCAAAAAAAUCUGUAGGGGAUGCAUCAAAAAAUAGGAAAAGUGAAGCAAAGGCUAAAAGUGUAGAAGUAAAAAAUGGAAAGCUGAAAAACAAGGAAACAAAAGGUGAUGAAAAGUCUAAAGGACGUGAUAAGAGCAAUGUCAAAGCUAAGAUUAAACCAAAAAAGAGAUCUCUCAGUCACGUAGACCUAUUUGGGGAUGAAAGCAGUGAAGAAGAAAUGGGAAAGAAACUAAUUUCAAACAGAGCUAGCUUAAGCUCUGAUGGAGGUGGACAGACUGACACUAAAAAAAGCAAGAAGUCGUUACGAAGACCUUCAACUUCUUCAGUGGACUCCAUGGAGAUAGACUACUCAAUCUUGGAGAAAGAAUUGGACUCUGAUUCUGACCCAAUGGAGGAAUGUUUGAGAGUAUUUAAUGAGUCUCAAGAUGUAAAGACAGAGGAUAAGGGCCGGAUGAAGAAGCAGAAACAUAAAGAUAGCGAUGAGCAAUAUGAAAAUUUGAGCACCUCACUCCCUAGUCAUAAGAAAAGGAUUUCUCAUGCCACCAAUUCAACUAAUUCAGAUUCUCCUACUAAGCCUGUUAUCCACCCAUACCGCCGCCCAACACCACAGGAGAUCUGUUACCAGAGGAUAAAACGAGCACAGGAACAAGCUGUCCAGCUGUUAGCCCAAGAGACUCUAAAGCUGACAAGCACUAUGCAGAAACCUUCAUCAGCACCGAGUGGAGAGAAAAAGAGGAUUGCACAUCUGCCAAUCUCUCUCUCGAGUAUUCAGCCUCUUUCACCAGGAGUAAAAAAAACAGCUCCAGCCAGUACACCCCUGAGCAUAGCAGGCACCAAUCCUGUUUCCAAUGGUUUGUCCUCUACUCUGAAGGCCAGAACCUUGGCUGGAAUGUCAUCUAAAACCACCACAACAGCUUCACAGAGGAGGCAGGCACAUGUGCCAUCGCUUCAGAGUGCCAGCUUGAAAAGGCCAGUGAUUCCUACUGAGUUUGGUGCCAAAGUACCAACUGUUGUUCGCCAGAGAUACCUCAACAUCUUCAUUGAUGAAUGUUCAAAAUUCUGCUCCUCACAGCAGGAAGCCUUUGACAAGGCCCUUGAAGAAGAGAAAAUAGUGUAUGGUCGAAGCUCCAGUAAGAAUAUCUACCUGAAUGUAGCUGUCAAUACCCUUAAGAAACUCAGAAGCCAGACAACCAGCAAUCUGGAUACUCCAGCAAAGAAUACCAACAAAAAAGCAGUGUCACAUGAAUCUGUCCUUGGGGGAAAGCUUGCUACAAAAACCAGUUUCUCUGUGCAACGGAACAGUGGUCUUCAGGAGAAAGAACUAUCAGAUGCAGCAUUAUACAAAAAGCUCAAGGAAUAUGUCAUGACCCCAGAACAGUUGCAGGAGCAUGGAUACCCUUUUCCUCACCCAGACAAACCUGGCAGAGCAGUGCUUUUAAAUGCUGAAGAGAAAAAGAGUUCAGACUCCUUUUGUAGAGUUUGCUGCCGCUGUGGAGCAGAAUAUAUGGUGUCGCCAAGUGGAAACUGUGUGCGCCGGGAGGAGUGUGUCUACCACUGGGGACGUCUGCGCAGACAGAGAGGGGCUGGUGGUUGGGAGACUCAAUAUAGCUGCUGUUCUGUAACAGUUGGUUCUACUGGAUGCCAAGUAGCUAAGCAACAUGUACAGGAUGGCCGGAAAGACAAUCUGGAUGGCUUUGUGAAAACCUUUGAGAAACUGCCAACUGGUGACGGGAAUGCUGGAGUAUACGCACUUGACUGUGAGAUGUGUUACACAACAUAUGGACUGGAGCUAACACGAGUCACAGUUAUUAACUCCAAACUCAAAGUUGUGUAUGACACUUUCGUCCAACCAGACAAUAAAAUUGUGGAUUAUAACACAAGGUUUUCUGGAGUUACAGAAGAGGAUCUUCACAACACUACAAUUACUAUAAGAGAUGUUCAAGCCGUUCUACUCUGCAUGUUCAGUGCAGACACCAUUCUUAUAGGACACAGCUUAGAAAGUGAUCUUUUUGCACUAAAGCUCAUUCAUCCAACGGUGGUGGACACAGCCAUAGUCUUCCCUCACCGCCUGGGCCUGCCUUACAAACGUGCACUGCGUUCCCUUAUGGCGGAUCACCUCAAACGUAUUAUCCAGGAUAAUGUGGAUGGCCAUGAUUCGAGUGAGGAUGCUUGCUCCUGCAUGGAACUUAUGAUCUGGAAAAUAAAGGAAGACUCUAAAGUGAAGCGGUGAUACCCUCCCGCCUUCCCUUUUUGUAUAUUGGCUCCAUUAAGGGGCUGAAAUGAAGCAGACCUUGCAGUGUGGACAGAACUCUCCAAAUUAAAUCAGCAUCACAAACAUUUAUAUUAAAAAAACAAGAUUUUUUUUUUCAUUAUCUGAUUUUCUAACUACAAGGGAAGUUAAAAAGUCAGUGGCUUCCAUUUAUGGUGGACAACCUAACCUACUCUACCAUUUAAUUUCAUGCUCACUUGUUUAACAAAAUUGCAUAGUAAAUGAUGUACUGAAAAAGUUAGCUCCACCUGCAAAACAAUUUUAAUUUGGAGCUCUAAAGUAAAUUCAUAUUUUUGUUAACUAUUUCCUUUUUAACCAGAGGUAAAAAACAUCUUAUUUGUGGUUGGAAAAAAAAAAUGUGGUUGCAAAUCGGCAAUGUAAAAAGAGCAAAGAAUCUAAUUGAUGCAUUUGGCACUUUUUGAGCAAUCUAAAUAUAUUGUUUUUCAUGAUGCUGUUAACACCAGAAGUUGGUAAAGACAAUAUCUGGCACAUAUUAUGGCAAAUAUAAUAAAGAGUUGUCUAACGUCCUGCUUGCCUGCAUAGAUGGCUUCAGGCAAGUUUUGCAAUAGUAUUUCCAGGAAUAGAGAUGUAACAUUUAUAAUAUUACUUAUAAACUGCACUUAAUUUAUUUUAGGUUGUUCCUUUCAUUAUAAGUUGCUUUAGCCCUUGUUCCUAGUAUUGAAAAGGAUAAAAACAGAUUUUGAACUGAGUCAUGUUUGGGUGCAGUAGACAUGGCUUGUCCUUUUUUCCCCCCUUCAUUCUACCUCCAAAUGUAACCCCUAUCAAUCUGUGUUGUUUGUUACAUUGUGCCAUUUCAGUGUAUUCCUUGUCUGUGAUAUUACAGUUCUUGAUCUAAAACUACACCCAACACAGGACUUAUAUAUGUUCUUCUGGUGACUUUUCCUUUUAACAUAUAUUUAAUACCGGAACACUCUACUUAAAGGGACAUUGAACCCAAAUAUUUUCUUUUGUGAUUCAGAUAGAGCAUGCAAUUUUAAGCAACAUUCUAAUUUACUCCUAUUAUCAAUUUUUCUUCGUUCUCUUGCUAGCUUUAUUUUAAAAAGAAGGCAUCUGAGCUUUUUUUUGGUUUAGAACUCUGACACUUUUUUAUUGGCCGGCAUCUAACUUACAUUCUUGCAUUUCAAAUAAAGAUACCAAGAGCAUGAAGAACAUUUGACAAUAGGAGUAAAUUAGAAAGUUGCUUAAAAUUCCAUGCUUUAUCUGAAUCAUGAAAGAAAAAAAUUGGGUUCAGUGUCCCUUUAAGGGUGAAAAUAAAUUAACAUUGCUAGGUUCACCUGAUUUAGAUAAGCCCUGAGCAUUUAUUUUUACAUUUGUGCAAUACAAAUAUAUUUGUUCCCUGUUUCAGAUUUUUUUGAUCACUUUUUAUUGGUUUCUGUAUCUUUAUACUACAGUAAUGAUAUUACAAAUGCUUGUAAUAAUGUCUAAACUUGUUAGUAUUUCAAGGUGUAUAUGAUAUAUUUUCUCUGAUUUAACAGAUGAGUCAUAUGUCACUUAAAUAAAAAAAAGAAAGUUAUUUAAUAGAAAACAUUAGAAAGCAUUGUGCCUAAAAGGCCUGCUGGUAUAAUCUUCCUACUUCCUUGUAGGGAUAGUAUUUUGCACAAAUAUAUUGUGCUCAGCAAAUUAUGUUCUAAACUAGAAAACAUUUUGUAUGAUUAAGUCCAGAAAUGGCUUGCACUAUCUACACAGUUCAACUUUACUGACAAACAGUAAUUUAAAGUCUAGAUUCCUCUACAUUAAGACAAGCAGUUUGGCAUUUUAACUUUUGAAAGUUGGUGCAAUUUUGAGGAUGAAAGCCAUGUCUAAUGAUGUCCAAAUUCUUUUUUGUUAUACGCUUAUGUAUUAGGGUCAGCAGAGUGACCCUAGACAGUUUGAACUCUGAUGCCCAUAUAACAGUAAGUCCAGUUUUGUGUGCGGCCCAGCAGUAAAACCGUUCAUUAGAGCAAUUAGCAAACACUACACAAUGCGGACUGCAAGGUGUGGCUCCCUGCUGGGCCGCACACAAAACUGGCCUUAGAGGAGCACUGUUCUCAAACCAACAUGUGCAAAUAAAUAAGGGAUUUGUUCUAAUUUUGUCUGAAAUUCAUUUAUUAAAUAAACCCACAAAGCAUUCAUUAGCUCAUUUAGUUUUUCAAUUUAAUAAAUAGGGGGAACUAAAUGAACUGAACAAAUUUCAUAACAAAUUGGCUCAAAUUCAUUAUUUGUUUUGCAAACCGAUUAUUAAAGCCAAGCUAGGGCUUAAAGUAAAAACAUUUAAAAUUACUUGAUAUGUUUUCUUGAGCAAAAUGUCUCAAACUUAGAAAUGUUUUUUUAGUGACAGAUGUUAGUUCUCAGUAUUUUUUUUUCUGUCAUGACAUGUUUGAAUAUCAGUCUUAUAUAGAUUAAAUCAGUUGUUAUGUUAUCUUAAAAGGUAUUCCAAGGGUGUCCCCAAAACAAAUUUAGGAAAUAGAUAUGCAAUUAAUGCACAAACACUUCACAGUUAUGGUAUUGAACUGAGAUAAUAUGGUGCUAUUCCUAACAUUUUAUUGCAGGUAUCUACUAUACCUUGAUCAGUGUUACAUUAAACACAAACUUAAAUAUACACUUACAUAUAUAUACACUUACACUUUAACAUUAAGAGGAAAAAAAAAUCACUAGAAUGCACACUUAGUUUUUUUUCUUUGCUGUUGACUAUUGGAAACCUGGAACCUGCAGGUGUCCUCAGAUUAUAUAUAGGACAAAGCUACACUGAGUUUUAGAUCUAACCAUAGAGCGCCAUGUAAUUCUCUUCAAGAAGAAGAUCCGAAACACAAAUCCCACAAGAAUUUUCAGGGGGUGUAUCCCUGUACUAGUUUGAAAUGGCAUAACCCUGCAAAAAAAUUUUUUUAAAACCUAUUUUUUUUUGUGUGCAAUUACUAUAGAUUGCAUUGUACAGUUGUGUAUGAUCUUAGCCUAAUUUUAAAUAUGUUUGCCAGUAGCCUUUUCUGCCUCAAGAAAACAAACACUAAAAAUCUAAACCGCUUGAUUUUAAUUCACUCUGUUAAGCACAUUAAACUAUCAUUUCAUAGAUACACUUAUUAAAAAUGCAAAGAGCCCUAAGCACACGUGUAAUAAUAAAGAAUGCUGUUAAUAUCCUGUCAUCUAAUCUAUUCACAGGUUUAUUUAAGCAUAGGAAAACCAACAGUGGUAUUUAUAGGACAAAUCAUUUUUUUUAAAAUAAACUAUCCCAUUAGUUUUCAUUUCACUCUUUUUUAACAACAAUCUAUAAGACUUAAAUGUAGUAUAGAUUGUAGAGUUCAUGUAUGAGUUCGUGUUUUGCUGCACCUUGUGAAUUGUAGACCUACUGACUUUAGUAUAAAACAUUAGCCUCACUCUCUGUCCUCUGAACUUUUGCAUUUCGAGGGUAGUAACCUACCUGUGCCAGAGCAUGGGGGUUAAACCUAUUACUAUGCAGUUUUAUGGGUUAAUGAUUCUUCUUUUUCUUGAAAUAUACCCAUCCACAAUUUAGCACAUUUUACCGCUCGUCUGUUCUAAUCUUAUAAUGAUGCAAGCAAGUGAGUCUGGAUUUCUCAGAGAGCAAUGCUAAAGUAUUCUAAUAAGUACAAAGCAAUGUAAAAUAAAAUGUUUUAUUUAUAAAAAAAAAAAAAAAGGUAUUAAUUCAGGUCCAUCUUUUUAUUGUACAAAUUUCUGUUGAACCUGUUUCUUUUUGUAUAUAUUAACUUUUUUUUUUUAAAUAAAACCCUUUAAAACA